CUACUUCCUGUAGACAUACUUUUUUUUGGCCGAACGGAACAGCUGUCUGGAGGCGGAUAGAACCAUAUCAUUAGGAAUUAAUAGGAUCUCUAUGAAUAGAAGUUACUGGUCUUGCUGUACUACUUUUGUGUUCAGUGGCACUCAUCAAGAUGCUGGCGCUAAUUAACAGACUUUUGGACUGGUUUAGGUCUCUCUUCUGGAAAGAAGAGAUGGAGCUCACGUUAGUUGGACUUCAGUACUCCGGGAAAACCACCUUUGUCAAUGUGAUAUCAUCUGGUCAGUUUAGUGAAGACAUGAUUCCCACAGUCGGCUUCAACAUGCGGAAGGUUACCAAAGGCAACGUGACGAUUAAGAUCUGGGACAUAGGUGGACAGCCUCGCUUCAGAAGCAUGUGGGAGAGGUACUGCCGAGGAGUCAAUGCCAUUGUUUACAUGGUGGAUGCAGCAGACCGUGAGAAGGUAGAAGCCUCCAGGAACGAGCUCCACAACCUGUUAGACAAGCCUCAGCUACAAGGCAUCCCUGUUCUAGUGCUUGGUAACAAGAGAGAUCUUCCCAGUGCGCUUGACGAGAAGCAACUCAUCGAAAAGUUGAACUUGUCAGCCAUCCAGGACAGAGAAAUCUGUUGUUACUCUGUUUCCUGCAAAGAGAAGGACAACAUAGAUAUCACUCUACAGUGGUUAAUCCAGCAUUCCAAGUCUUGAAGGAGCUGAGAGUGUAGGUCCAGCCUGCUUCUGUGUCCUCCUUGCUGCCGCUGAAGUGGUUCUCUACCGCCCUGUCUACUCUCAACCCACCACCACAUUCUGCACCGUUUGUGUAGUCUUCAAUUCACCACCACAACACCAACUACUGCUUACACUGCUUAGUCUUUCAGUUGUCACAAUACAGUGAUGAAGGACAGCGGAGAGUACCUACUCAUCAUACCUGUUUACAGUGGAGAAGUUCUAUGGGUUUGUGUCCAUCCUUUGGUUUUAACGCUACUAACUGGGUUCAGGGAGUCUCAUGACCUCCCAGCCCACUGGCAUUAUAUCAGUUUGACUCUGUAUUUAGGUGGUGGAAUCCAGUCUCUUCAUUCAGUAUCUACUCCAGUUCAAUGUCCCCAUUUGGUGUCAAUGUAAUAUUGUUUGAUUAUAAUUAAGGUUUUUGCCAAAACACGUCGCAUGUGUGAAUGCCUUUAUAUCCUGACACACUGUGAUAUAUAUAUAUAGAUAUGUGUACGUUAAUUGAUUUGCUGGUCAAUGGACAUAUUUAAUGAUGUAUUUUAUGAAGUGGCUUACAGUUUACAUGACAUGGAAAGUAAGACUGUAUGGAAUGCUGUAGUCUUGAGCUCAAUCCUAAAAGGGGUCUGCAGAGUUUUAAGUGCCUUCUGCAAAAUCUCUUUGAUUUCUGGAGCAAAUUAGCUUUUCAUGCAAGAAGAUGAUCAUCACACCAUACAGAUAUGCUGUACAUAAUGAAUGUUUUGACUUUUGACCCACGUCAUUUACAUAGUGGUCUCUGGACAUGUUCAUUCAACUCUGUAGAAUCCCACAUUAUUUAAUGCACUUGUGUAAAUAUGCUUCAAUAAUGAAAAGUGAUUGAUGUAAAUAGGAUGAAAUGUAGCUUGAUUUGAAGGGGAAGCAGAAAAACUGGAAGUUCGCCACAUUUUGUGAAAGAUGAAUAAUAAUUAUGAUACUUUUCAGAUUGUAACUGCUUUUUGAGUGUGUCUCAUUGGUUACUCUUGAAUAUCAAGCCCACAGAGGGUCAUAUAAUUAAAUUGAUCAGAAAGCCAGCCAGUGUUACUCAUGGAGGAGGUUAUGGCAGAUGUCACUCAAUUCCUCACAAUGAUGAUCUGUCCCUCAUCUGUUGUCUGAGACAGUUUUACAUGGAUGCUUUGUCAUCUCUAAGCUUUUGCUUGAAUAAUUAUGUAUUUUGUGAAGCCUUACUGAUCCAAGGAAAAUGCUGCAAGCCACAAGAUGUCACCUGUCUUAGUUUCACAUGUUAUAUUAAAGAGUCAUUAUCAGUU